CCCACCAUGCGGAGGACCGUGUCGGAGAUCCGCUCUCGAGCCGAGGGUUACGAGAAGACAGAUGAUGUUUCAGAGAAGACCUCACUGGCUGACCAGGAGGAAGUAAGGACUAUAUUCAUCAACCAGCCCCAGCUGACGAAAUUCUGCAACAACCAUGUCAGCACUGCGAAAUACAACAUCAUCACAUUCCUCCCACGAUUUCUCUACUCUCAGUUCCGAAGGGCUGCCAAUUCGUUUUUUCUCUUCAUUGCACUGCUUCAGCAAAUACCUGAUGUGUCGCCAACGGGUCGUUACACAACACUGGUCCCUCUUCUAUUUAUUUUAGCUGUGGCAGCUAUCAAAGAGAUCAUAGAAGAUAUCAAACGACACAAAGCUGAUAACGCAGUGAACAAGAAACAGACACAAGUUCUGAGAAAUGGUGCUUGGGAAAUUGUUCACUGGGAAAAGGUGGCAGUGGGGGAGAUAGUGAAAGUGACCAAUGGGGAGCACCUUCCAGCAGAUCUCAUCAGUCUGUCGUCAAGCGAGCCCCAGGCCAUGUGCUACAUUGAAACGUCCAACUUAGAUGGAGAAACCAACUUGAAAAUUAGACAGGGCUUACCAGCAACUUCAGAUAUCAAAGAUAUUGACAGCUUGAUAAGACUUUCGGGCAGAAUCGAGUGUGAAAGUCCGAACAGACAUCUCUACGAUUUUGUGGGCAACAUAAGACUUGAUGGACAUGGCACCAUUCCCCUGGGAGCAGAUCAGAUUCUUCUUCGAGGUGCUCAGUUGAGAAAUACGCAGUGGGUUCAUGGAAUAGUUGUCUACACUGGACAUGACACCAAGCUGAUGCAGAAUUCAACAAGCCCACCACUUAAGCUCUCCAAUGUGGAACGGAUUACAAAUGUCCAAAUUUUGAUUUUAUUUUGUAUCUUAAUUGCCAUGUCGCUUGUCUGUUCUGUGGGUGCCGCUGUUUGGAAUCGAAGGCAUUCCGGAAAGGACUGGUAUCUCAACCUAAACUAUGGUGGUGCUAAUAAUUUCGGACUGAAUUUCUUGACCUUCAUCAUCCUUUUCAACAAUCUCAUCCCUAUCAGCUUGUUGGUUACGCUAGAAGUGGUGAAAUUCACCCAGGCGUACUUCAUCAACUGGGAUCUCGACAUGCACUACGAGCCUACGGACACUGCUGCCAUGGCCCGAACAUCUAAUCUGAAUGAGGAACUUGGCCAGGUUAAAUACAUAUUUUCUGACAAAACGGGUACCCUGACGUGCAAUGUGAUGCAGUUUAAGAAAUGUACCAUCGCCGGAGUGGCUUACGGCCAUGUCCCUGACCCUGAGGAUUAUGGCUGCUCACCUGACGAAUGGCAGAGCUCACAGUUGGGAGACGAAAAAACAUUUAGCGACUCAUCAUUGCUGGAAAAUCUUCAAAAUAAUCACCCAACCGCACCAAUCAUAUGUGAAUUUCUUACGAUGAUGGCGGUCUGCCACACCGCAGUACCGGAGCGAGAAGGUGAUAAGAUUAUUUAUCAAGCAGCGUCUCCAGAUGAAGGCGCGUUAGUCAGAGCAGCCAAGCAACUGAAUUUCGUUUUCACUGGAAGAACACCAGACUCGGUGAUUAUAGAUUCACUGGGGCAGGAGGAAAGAUACGAAUUGCUCAAUGUCCUGGAGUUCACCAGCGCUAGAAAAAGAAUGUCAGUGAUUGUUCGCACUCCAUCCGGGAAGUUACGACUUUACUGCAAAGGAGCUGACACUGUCAUUUAUGAUCGACUGGCAGAGACUUCGAAAUACAAAGAAAUUACCCUUAAACAUUUAGAACAGUUUGCUACAGAAGGGCUAAGAACUCUGUGUUUCGCCGUGGCGGAGAUUUCCGAGAGCGACUUCGAGGAGUGGCGAAUCGUCUACCAGCGAGCGUCCACGUCCGUGCAGAACAGGCUGCUCAAGCUCGAAGAGAGUUACGAGUUAAUUGAAAAGAACCUUCAGCUUCUUGGAGCUACAGCCAUUGAGGAUAAAUUACAAGAUCAGGUGCCUGAAACCAUCGAAACGUUGAUGAAAGCAGACAUCAAAAUCUGGAUCCUCACCGGGGACAAGCAAGAAACUGCCAUUAACAUUGGCCACUCCUGCAAACUUUUGAAGAAGAACAUGGGAAUGAUCGUUAUAAAUGAAGGCUCUCUUGAUGGGACAAGGGAGACGCUUAGUCAUCACUGUACUACUCUUGGUGAUGCUCUUCAGAAAGAGAAUGAUUUCGCUCUUAUAAUUGAUGGGAAAACCCUCAAAUAUGCCUUAACCUUUGGAGUACGACAGUAUUUCCUCGAUUUAGCUUUGUCAUGCAAAGCCGUUAUUUGUUGCAGGGUUUCUCCUCUUCAAAAAUCAGAAGUUGUUGAUAUGGUGAAGAAGCAAGUCAAAGUCAUCACACUGGCCAUCGGCGACGGAGCGAACGACGUGAGCAUGAUCCAGACGGCGCAUGUGGGGGUCGGCAUCAGCGGCAAUGAAGGCCUACAGGCUGCCAAUUCCUCCGAUUACUCCAUAGCGCAGUUCAAGUAUUUGAAGAAUUUAUUGAUGGUUCAUGGUGCCUGGAACUACAACAGGGUCUCCAAGUGCAUCUUGUACUGCUUCUACAAGAACAUUGUCCUCUACAUUAUUGAGAUCUGGUUUGCGUUCGUGAAUGGUUUCUCUGGACAGAUCCUCUUUGAGCGAUGGUGUAUAGGCCUUUAUAAUGUGAUGUUUACAGCAAUGCCUCCCUUAACUCUUGGAAUAUUUGAGCGAUCAUGCAGAAAAGAGAAUAUGUUGAAGUAUCCUGAAUUAUACAAAACAUCUCAGAACGCCCUGGACUUCAACACCAAGGUUUUCUGGGUUCAUUGUUUAAAUGGCCUCUUCCACUCAGUUAUUCUGUUUUGGUUUCCACUCAAAGCCCUUCAGUAUGGUACGGUAUUUGGAAAUGGGAAGACCUCCGAUUACCUGCUGCUGGGAAACCUCGUGUACACUUUCGUGGUGAUAACCGUGUGUUUGAAAGCUGGACUGGAGACGUCAUACUGGACAUGGUUCAGCCACAUCGCCAUAUGGGGUAGCAUCGCUCUCUGGGUGGUGUUCUUUGGAAUCUACUCGUCGCUGUGGCCGGCCGUUCCGAUGGCCCCCGAUAUGUCGGGAGAGGCGGCCAUGCUGUUUAGUUCGGGGGUCUUCUGGAUGGGCCUGUUGUUCAUCCCGGUGGCAUCUUUGCUUCUCGACGUGGCGUAUAAGGUUAUCAAGAGGACCGCGUUUAAAACAUUAGUGGACGAAGUUCAAGAACUGGAGGCAAAAUCUCAGGACCCAGGAGCAGUUGUGCUAGGAAAAAGCCUGACCGAGAGGGCGCAACUGCUCAAGAACGUCUUUAAGAAGAACCAUGUGAACUUGUACCGGUCCGAGUCCUUGCAACAAAACCUGCUCCAUGGGUAUGCUUUCUCUCAAGAUGAAAAUGGAAUCGUUUCCCAGUCUGAAGUGAUUCGAGCCUAUGACACCACAAAACAGAGGCCGGACGAAUGGUGAUGAGGAGGGGCCGAGAGGCCGGCCCUGUGUGUCUCUAAGGGGAGCCACCAAGUCGUCGCCGCGUCUGCUGGCCAAUUCCAGCCUGGUCCACGGGGAGAAAAGGUGGAUCUGAGGUCAUCUUGCUGAUGGACGUUCAGAUUCGUGUACAUUGUAGACAUCAGCACUGUGCAACUCUGCUGUAACACCAUCUCUCAGAUUUUUCAGAGUCUUUGCUAAGUCUUUGUAAACAGAAAUCGAAACCGAUCUCGUAUCUUGCCAGACGGCUUUCUAAAGCUGGAAUCGGGGUCAGCGUUCUUGUGCCGUUACUUUGGGGCUGUGACUAACUGUCGAGUUACUGGCCAUACCAGUAAGAUGGCCGACCAUUCCAACACUCUCAAAUGGUAUUCAGUUUUAGGGACUCUCUUGAGAUGCACACUUGAGAUUUUGGAAUAUGCUGAAACAAACCAGCAUUCUUAAGGGACUGACUCACCUUCCUGGGCAUUUCUAAAUGCGGCAUUAAUAAGUGUUUGGGUCAAAAAUCUCUUGAUAAAUAUUUGCCAAAGAAGUUCGGUAAGCGUUCUCUCUCAUCCAGUAGUCAUUUGCCCAGAAAUGUCACAGAAAGAUUACUGCCAGUUUUGCUGUAAGGUCUGCAUGCCUGAUUUUUCAAACAUAAGAGUGAUUUGCAAAAAAUGAGUAUUUCAAGGCAUUUGCUACUAAAACCUGUGAUGUCGCACCUUCGGCCUUACAACGCUUCUUUGUCGUGGUCUUGUUCAUUUGUUAACAGGCACACGUGUUCGUGGGACUCCGUCAUUACGGUCCUGGUUUUUUUUUUUUCCCGUGGUGUCUAUGUCUCUGUCCUUCUGGAAGCAAAUCCCUCGUCGUUCAGAUUUUUCUAGAAUCCUAGCUUCUGCUGUAGAUGGAGUGAUGCCAGGUGUGUCUUCAAGGUUUCCCUCUUCAGAAAAGUGCGCCUCCACGUGGAUGUGGGGUUUCCAAAGCUUCUGUUGAGAUGGGUGGGGCGCCGCUUCGGGCAAACCCAUGGGCCUGGGCCGUGCAUGUCACUCAGCCUUUUGUCACUUGUUUUGGUUCUCCCCAUCUGUCCCCACGAGAGAUGACCUACUGUCUCGUGUAGCACACUCCAUUUAAUGGUGACCAUCCCAGACUUCAGCCUGAAAAUGACUUCACAGUU